CCAGCUCUACUCAUUCACUCUCACUCACCUGCGUCUCUUUCUCAAUUCUCAUUCUCCAAGUCUCCUCCUGAAAGGUCAUCUUCUUCCACGUGAUUUGUCCUCCCGAUCACAAGCUUUUCGCUGUUUCCAUCCCUUGCGUUUGACGCCAUUCUUUCUUGGCGUUUGCUUCAAUCAACUGCUAUGUGUCACUGAUUUUACUGCGAUUGUUGAAGAAAAAUUCUUCCAUGUCCGAUCUGAUUCGGCUCCAGAGAUCGAGAGUUAAAAUUACCUCGAAACAGCUUCAGUUUAUCCAGAUACGAGAGAAGAGAGAGAGAUACAGAUAAAGAGAGUAAAAGAGAGAGAUUUGAAGCUUGCGUAUAAUGAUACCGUCCGAUUAGCUAUGUGAAUUCUGUUUUUACUGAGAUUUUACUGGGAUCCAAAUCAAAUGAAGAAGAAGGCGUCGCAGCAGAAGUUGCUGAACAGAUGGAAGAGGAAAGUAUUCGCCACGCUGAUUUUUGCUUUCUGCUUGGGGAGUUUCGCAUUUAUACAAGCUCGUUACCGUGGAAUCACUGCGUCGCUCGAGUCUCUGAAGCCUCGUCGCGAUCAGCAACCACAGAUUGCCUUCCUGUUCAUUGCGCGGAACCGGCUCCCUCUCGAGUUUGUCUGGGACGCAUUCUUUCUGGGCGAGGAAGGCAAGUUCUCAAUAUUUGUUCACUCUAGACCUGGAUUCGUUCUUAGCGAGGCUACAACUCGAUCUAAGUUCUUCUUGGAUCGGCAAGUUAAUGACAGUAUACAGGUGGACUGGGGAGAAGCCACCAUGAUUGAAGCAGAACGCGUACUGCUCAGACAUGCACUUAGAGAUCCAUUUAAUCACCGAUUUGUUUUUGUUUCCGACAGCUGCAUACCUCUGUACAGUUUCAGCUACACGUAUAACUACAUCAUGUCAACACCAACUAGUUUCGUUGAUAGCUUUGCAGAUACAAAAGAUAGCCGUUAUAAUCCUAGAAUGAAUCCCAUAAUUCCUGUUCAUAACUGGAGAAAAGGAUCACAGUGGGUCGUUCUGAAUAGAAAACACGCAGAAAUUGUGGUGAAUGAUACGAUCGUGUUACCUAUGUUUCAGCAGCAUUGCAGGAGGAAAUCACUUCCAGAGUUUUGGCGAGAUCGUCCUGUACCAGCUGAAGGUUGGAAGGAACACAACUGUAUACCUGAUGAGCACUACGUUCAGACAUUGCUAUCUCAAAAGGGUGUUGAUGGCGAACUCACGCGACGGUCACUGACACACUCAGCUUGGGACCUUUCUUCCUCUAAAAGUAACGAACGUCGUGGAUGGCAUCCGAUGACUUACAAGUUCUCCGAUGCUACUCCUCGUCUUAUAAAGUCUAUCAAGGAAAUCGACAAUAUAAACUACGAGACCGAAUACCGGCGAGAAUGGUGUAGCAGUAAUGGGAAACCGUCACCGUGCUUCCUCUUCGCCAGGAAGUUCACUCGUCCCGCCGCUCUCCGCCUCCUCCGUGAGUCUAUCUUGUUGAGGGACAAAGAGCAAGACAAUUAAAUAGAAUCACUCACCAUUCACAAGAAUAUAUCAUACAUACUACAUAGGUACGUAAGAUUACGAAGAGUUGUUAUGUUUGUAUAAUUGUAUUUGUGAUUUGUAAUCGUAUCAACAUUACAUGUACAAAACUUACCAUUUGGUGAAUUGAAUAAAGCGACAGACGUUGAUAGAAACGGGAACGGUAGAGAUAGAGCUCAGCAGGGGUGACCUGAGAACACAUGAGAAGAGAGAUCGUAAUAAUGACGUGGCAUCAUUACAGCCGUAGUUUGCGCAUGUGUUCUCAUGUCGACCCUGUCGAGAUCCACUACCUUCAAGAUAUUUUUCUCUCUUUUUCAACCUGUGUGAUAAAGGAUUUUUAUAAUCUGAGUUUCCGAUUUCCUUUCUAAACUGCUGGGAAGUAUAUAUACACUCAUUAUGAAGGGAUUGGGUAGUACACAAUAAU